AAACGCCCUACGUUUCUUCCUCAUCUUACAAUCUCCUCACAUUCCAACCUCUGUCAAAGCAACUCUUUUGGCUCUACGCAUACCUUUCUCUCUCUACAAACUUUCAAUGGCACCCAAGGCAGAGAAGAAGCCAGCGGAGAAGAAGCCAGCGGGAGAGAAACCGGCGGAGGAGAAGAAAACUGUCGCCGAGAAAGCUCCGGCCGAGAAGAAGCCAAAGGCCGGAAAGAAGCUCCCCAAAGAGGGUGGCGCCGCUGCCGGAGACAAGAAGAAGAAGAGAACGAAGAAGAGCAUCGAGACUUACAAGAUCUACAUCUUCAAGGUCCUCAAGCAGGUCCACCCCGACAUCGGAAUCUCCAGCAAGGCCAUGGGGAUUAUGAACAGCUUCAUCAACGAUAUCUUCGAGAAGCUUGCUCAGGAAUCUUCUCGGCUUGCGAGGUACAACAAGAAGCCCACCAUCACUUCUCGGGAGAUCCAGACUGCUGUGAGAUUGGUGCUUCCUGGUGAGUUGGCCAAGCACGCCGUGUCUGAGGGGACUAAGGCGGUAACGAAGUUCACGAGUUCUUGAGGAAAUUGUUGUCCUGGGUUUCUUGAAUUUUGGGAAUUUAUAAGAUAGGGUUAGGGUUUCGGUUCAUGUUUACUGUUGCUGUGUUUAAUUUUUUUAGCCUUUCAUAUGGGUGACAGUCAUUGUAAUUACUGGUCUCUUAUUUAUCAAUGAAACUGCUCUUGCCCUAAUUGUGUUUUGCCCAUUUGCUCUGUGUGUAUGUAUGCAUUAAAAUUUGUUUCCACUGUAAUUAUAUUGUGAUGAUUUCCGUUGGUUUUGUAGGAGCUACCUUAUCUAUUUGUCCACCUUUGAAGUGUCGUGGACAUCAUAGAGUUGUAGAAGUUGAAUCUGUCAAAUUUGUGUAUCUCUAUGUUGCCAAUAAUAAUAAUGUAGUUGAUUAUCACAUUUG